UUGAAUACAAAUAUUUGAGUCGUCUCAUUCUGUGCAGUAAUUAUCUUGGUUGUUACAUACCCUGAGGCUCUGUGCUGAACUUUUGCAUUCCGCUUGGUGCGUCCCUCAUAGUUUGUCUUGAAAGAUCCUUGGAAAUUGGUGUGCAACAAUGUCAAGAAUGAUAUGGCUAAUGAGCCGGAGAAUAAACCAGACAUCAGACAACUCAGCACACACCAGCAGGGACUGAACCUGGCAACUUUCCACUCUUCAUGACUCAUUUGCUCAGUUUAUUGUGCGGAUUUUCCCAUUGCUAAGAUCCGAUUCUGAUGCACUGCACCAAAAUCUACCAUUGAGACUCCUUAUGGUAUCAAUUGCUUCAAAACCGCAAUAUUGACAAAUUGAGGCACUCAAAAUGUUUGACUUGUUGUGGAAUGGUGUGGAAGGAACAUGCUGAUGCCAUUCAUUGAAAACUGUUUCAAAACAAAUUCCAUUUGGUAAAAGUGCCAGGAAAGUUCAAUUUCAUUCAGGAUAUGAUGCAACAUCAUCACAGUAGAAAUUCAUGUCUAUAGCCUUGGUGUAUUUUGGGACUCCUUUUCAUCGGCAGCAGGCCUAANUUUUUUGUCAGCACCAUUGAGGCUUACCCUUACAGGACUCAUCAUUGCCUGCCUACAUAUUUGAUACAUCGCCAGUCAAGUCUUUUCAAAUCUUGAUAAAACUGGAUCCAGAGUGCCCAAAAGAAGCAUCAAGUGCCUUCACUUGUUCUAUAAUUGUUUCUUGGAAUUACAGCAGUAUUAAUUGGACUUCCCUAAACACGGAAAACAAAAUGAUUCCUAAUGGAUAUUUAGUUUUUGAGGAUGAGAAUUUCAUUGAGUCAUCUGUGGCCAAACUCAAUGCCCUUCGAAAAAGUGGACAAUUCUGUGAUGUUAGGCUCCAGGUCUGCGGACAUGAGAUGCUGGCUCACAGAGCCGUCCUUGCUUGCUGCAGUCCUUAUUUGUUUGAAAUCUUCAACAAUGAUAGUGAUCCCCAUGGAUUUUCUCAUGUGAAAUUUGAUGACCUGAACCCAGCUGCAGUUGAAGUCUUAAUGAACUACGCCUACACUGCACAGCUAAAGGCCGAUAAAGAUCUGGUAAAAGAUGUGUAUUCAGCUGCCAAAAAAUUAAAGAUGGACAGAGUGAGGCAGGUAUGUGGUGAUCAUAUAUUAUCCCGGAUGGAAGUUCAGAAUUGCAUUUCUUAUCGAAACUUUGCUAGUCAAAUGGGAGAUUCUCGACUGCUGGGUCAGAUUGAUAAUUGCAUUCAGGAACACUUGAUGGAGAUUUCAGAGCAAGAUGCUUUUCUGAAACUUCCACGACUAAAGCUGGAGGUGAUACUGGAAGAAAAUGUCUCCUUGCCUAACAAUGGUAAACUCUACACAAAGGUAAUCAACUGGGUGCAACGUAGUGUCUGGGAGAAUGGAAAAAGCCUGGAGGAGCUGAUGGAAGAGGUUCAAACCUUGUACUACUCUGCUGAACACAAACUGCUUGAUGGAAACGUGCUAGAUGGACAGGCUGAGGUGUUUGGCAUUGAUGAUGACCACAUUCAGUUUGUGCAGAGGAAAUCUCCGCGGGAGAAUAACCACCGUCAGAUGUGCAGCAGCUCUUCUGGAAAUUUGUGUGCUCAAGUGCAAACAAACAAACAUGAGUGGAAAAUCAUCGCCUCUGAAAAAACAUCAACCACUACCUUCUUAUGCUUGGCUGUUCUCAAUGGUGUGCUGUGUGUCAUCUUUAUUCAUGGCCGCAACAGUCCCCACAGUUCACCCUCCAGCACUCCAUGUCUGACGAAGAGCAUGAGUUUUGAGAUUCAGACUGAAGAGGAAGAUGAUAAACUUCUGCCCCCCAUGGAAUACGCUCGUUCUGGUCUGGGGACAGCAGAACUGAAUGGCAGGCUUAUUGUUGCUGGUGGCUAUAACCGAGAGGAAUGCUUGCGCACAGUCGAGUGCUACGAUCCUGCAACUGAUAAUUGGAGCUUCAUUGCUCCGAUGAGGACUCCACGAGCACGGUUUCAAAUGGCAGUGUUAAUGGACCAACUGUACGUUAUAGGUGGAUCCAACGGGCACUCAGAUGAACUUGGAUGUGGUGAGACUUACAAUCCCAAUACUGAUGACUGGACACCCGUACCAGAACUCCGUACGAAUCGUUGUAAUGCAGGUGUAUGUUCCCUGAACAGCAAGCUGUAUAUUGUCGGUGGAUCAGAUCCAUAUGGACAAAAGGGAUUAAAAAACUGUGAUGCCUUUGACCCAGUUUCACAAAUCUGGACAAACUGUGCUCCUCUUAAUACACGUAGGCAUCAGGCUGCCGUCUGUGAGCUCGAUGGUUACCUGUAUGUCGUUGGAGGUGCAGAAUCGUGGAACUGCCUGAAUACAGUGGAACGUUACAAUCCUGACAACAACACCUGGACUCUGGUUUCACCCAUGAAUAUGGCUCGCCGUGGAGCUGGAGUGGCUGUCUACGAUGGUAAGAUCUUUGCUGUGGGUGGUUUUGAUGGGACACAUGCGCUCAGCUGUGUUGAGAGUUUUGACCCGGCCAAAAACGAGUGGAAGAUGCUGGGAAGUAUGACAUCAUCAAGGAGCAAUGCUGGGGUUGCUGUCGUCGAUGGACUGCUCUAUGCUGUGGGAGGCUUCGAUGGCAAUGAGUUUCUGAACACCGUGGAAGUAUACAACCCAGAAACCAAUGAAUGGAGCCCAUACACCAAAAUAAAUAUGUCCAGUUUGUAAAGUUUAGCUUCCUUUUAAGCUGAACUGGUUUAAUGAUUUGUGUUGCAACCAUUGAUGGGCUAGGGUGGGGGGAGGGUUUGGAUUCUACAUUUUUGGGGUGUUUAUGGUUGAGGAGUAAGUAUCCAGAAAAAUUAAAGCAUGAACUCUGGGUGUUGGUAACAUGAAGCCUUUGCAUAUUGCAUAUGUUAAAUUACAUGAAGCUGUAAAUAGUAUUGUCCCAAGAUGUAGGUAUGUUUUUGUGUUGCCUAGUGUGUUUUUGAAAAAGUAACGCGCAAACCUGGUGUGCAAACAGUUUAAUUUAAAAAUCUGGAAAAUAGGAAAAAAAAUUCAAAAGAGCUUCCCCAGAGUUUUUGUUUUGCACAAUUUGCACAUUGCCUCAUCGUGAAGCAGAUGGUUUUGAAUUUGAGUGCAGCAUAACUACAAAAUAACAAAGGGUUUUAAAAAAAAGGGGAAAUAGGCUUUCUGGUCUCUGUUAAAUACCUUUUUAUUUUUUUUCCGGUACUAUGAACAGCAAAGAGCUUAAAUGCAUCAUUGAUAAGCUGACAUGCCUGCCAAUGAAAACUUUUUUUUGAUUAAAUGUUUUAUCACCUUUUUAUAAAAAAUUUAUACUUGGAUUCUACACAGAGAAAUAAAAUGGCAGAUAUCGUUCUGAAGCAUUAAAAACUCAAAUAAAUGCAUACUAGAGUUUGUAAGGCAAGAGUUGGAUCUGUAUAGAUUUCUUAAGCUUUUUAAGUGUUUCGCCUCUGCCUCUGCUGUAACUUAUUAUACUAAUCCAUGUAAAUGCUUGUUGAAUUUAAGGAGAGUUUCCAAAUGUGAAAAUGUAUUGGCGUGGAAUAUUGAAAAGUGCAUUUGUUUUGAUGCUGGAUUUUUAGAAAGUGUCUGAAUGAGAAUUCUAUGAAUUUUGUUACAAACUGCGUAGCUAACAUUCCUAAACCACAAUGCUGAAUUAGGAAAUAAAUAUAUUUAAACUCCCAA